AUGGCUAUUAUAUUGACCAUUGUUUCCGAAAGUGAAAUUUUACGUGCCCAAGAGAUUAAAGAUGACCUCGACACCCGCCAAACACAACAACUGAGUAUUUUACAACGAUUCAAAAGUGCUUCCAUUGGAAACUUAGUGGACUUGCCAAAUGAAGAUGAUAAGAAAUCCAUUGCGGAGCGUAUGCGCAAUAAAUACUUAACUGAUACAUUUUUGGAAACAAAAAUUCAGUCAGCGUGGUGCACGCCAUUCACCGUAACGGCAGCUUCUAGCUCCCGUCCUCAUAUCGAAAGAAAUAAGGACCGAUAUUACCGCCAGCAUAUUGUUUCCGAAAGUGAAAUUUUACGUGCCCAAGAGAUUAAAGAUGACCUCGACACCCGCCAAACACAACAACUGAGUAUUUUACAACGAUUCAAAAGUGCUUCCAUUGGAAACUUAGUGGACUUGCCAAAUGAAGAUGAUAAGAAGUCCAUUGCGGAGCGUAUGCGCAAUAAAUUGCAACGCGGCGUGUUUAAAUUAAACAUGCGUUCACCAAAGAGCGAGAAAAAAAGUCGUGGAAUUUUUCGGCGCGCUGAAGCUACUAGUCUUUACCUGGAGGAUGGUAUGAAGCCGAAAUAUCCAAUAUUCGGUGCACCUUUAGAACAAUUGGAAUUGAACUUAACCACAUAUCCAAAUGUACCUCUCUUUGUAGUAGAUUGUGUUGAGUUUAUAGAACGAAAAGACUGUAUACUACAGGAUGGUUUAUAUCGUGCUUCCGGCAAUAAAGUUUCUGUCGAUGAACUCAAACAAAAACUAUCCGAAAGUUAUAUAUAUGAUCCUAAAUUGUUGGUCACAGAUGAUAUACAUACACUGACGAGUUUGCUAAAGCAAUUCUUUAGAGAAUUGGGUGCACCAUUAAUACCACAAGAGUCUUACGAACGUUUUGGACGUAAUUUAAGUGAUCCAGCGGGCAUACAAAGUUUACGUGACGCACUGGAUGAUAUGCGUGAACCAAAUCGUUCCACAUUAAAAUUUCUCAUCAAACAUCUAACAAACGUUGCUGCCUGCAGUUCACAGAAUCGUAUGCCUGCAUCAAAUCUGGCCAUUGUCUGGGGUCCUUGCAUAUUAUCCGCCAAUCAAAUUGAAUUCGACAUCGGUCGCAUGAAUACACUGGCAAAAGUAUUGAUCGAAAAUUAUGAACAUAUUUUCAAUGAAAAUGAACGUUUAGUUUGUUGAGUUACCGGCGUUAAAAAGGCAUAUUCCAAAUUAGGUGCUAAGUCCUCCAAAUAUUGCACUUCCUAGCACUUCAUCAACUACUCAUAUAGAUCAUCACAAUUAUUAAUUUUAAGUUCAUAUUUACAAUUAAUUAGAAUUUAAUAUUAAUUUAGGAAUUUUAUGCAAAAAUACUUACCAAAAAGACAUUAGCUAUUUGGCGGUAGUUAAGUAAGUCAACUGAUAUUCGUUUUCGUUUUAGGGUUAAGUAUCUGCUUUUUGUUUCUUAAACUGAAAAUAUUCCAAAAAAUCACUUAUAA